GUGGGGUUGGUGCGACGCAGAUCUCCGGUAGACAGUCAGUCACCACACAACCCCGCUGACGAAGACCUCAACGCUGGACGUCGUCGUGUUCGCGCGCGCAAACCCGUAUACAUUUAUUACGUAGUUAUACGUACUUAACUGCCUGCUAAUCGUAUUAUCAAAUUGUUAUUAUUAUUAUUUUAUUACAACCGUAUUAAAAUAUUAUAUUUCCGUCGCUUCUUCGUUUGUAAAAGUCUCGACGUUGGGUCACGUGAGUGUGAUCGGUAACCAUCGGUUUCAAGUCCUUACCACCACAGCCACGAUGGACGGUCCUCGUUGGCCAGUGACGAUGACUUCUACCAAGAAGACCAUGUCUCGGUCUUUUUUGAUCGACACGCUCAUAGGAAGCGUCAAACGUCCUUCCACUACCGCCGCCGUUGCUGCUGCCGCUGCUGCAGCGUCCGUAUCCGCAGCCUCCGUAUCUUAUCACCCACAACUUAACGAGUACAUUCAGUUCUUGAAUAGGACUGCAGCGGCGGCCGCGGUCUACGGAUACCAAUCUCCGACGCCUGUUGUAUUUCCACCAGCUACUAAUCCGCGGUUUUUCGGUUAUCCGGUUGGUGGCAGUAGCAAUGCAGGUGGUGGCGGUGCAUUCGGCAAAGACCACCAACAGCAACAGCAUCACCACCAGAAGCAGGUAUCGCCAACUGUCGUUAAACCCGUUCCUGUUGUAGCCACAAGCGCGGGCCAGAAGAAUAGAUCGCAACACGCUAAAACUACGGCGAAAAAGAGAACCGCGAACGAAAUGAUGGCUUACGACUCGGAAUGUAUUGUGACUGAAGACUCACUACGAGACAAUGGCGAAAGCGAUACAGAUUCCGGAAGUUCGAAAAGGAUCCGGACAGCGUUCACUAGUAACCAGCUACUAGAAUUGGAACGAGAAUUCUCCAGCAAUAUGUAUUUGUCGCGAUUGAGGCGCAUCGAGAUUGCCAACUGUCUACGGUUGUCCGAGAAACAGGUGAAAAUUUGGUUCCAAAACAGACGGGUUAAGCACAAGAAAGAAGAUGGACCUGCGUCAUCAAUCAAGCCAGGCACAUCGUGCUGCAACUGUUCGAAAUCAUGUCACCAGUCAUCCACGGCGGUCGGUAACACUUCCGGUUGUCGGCAAAACGAUACCGAUAGCGGCGAUGGUGAUGGCCGUUGUGGUCGGUUUGACUAGACUCGAGGGUAGGCGAACAAACUAUAAUAGUUCGCUGUGGCAAGUACAAACACUAAUUUAAGGGCAAUGGCUGUGAUUAAGAGUGGCGGUCGAAUGACAUCGAUCAACCACUGUAAUAUCGUAACACGAAUUUAUUUUUCAACCGUUCGCGGUGAACGCGAAAUGACUAAGUCGCUCAAAAUCUAACGAAUUUAAUUAUUGGUGAAAUAAUAACAGGAUUUUCCGUGUCCUGUGCGUUAUCCUAAACCAGUAAUAGUCGGCAAUGGCUUUGGCAGUGUCAAUGAAAUAAGACACAAUUGAUACGCGAGGUUUGAACUAAAUAGAUUAUAAUAUAGUUUAAUAGAUAUUACGCUUACUAAAUUAUCAUGAUUAAUAUAUUUAUAUUUGUAAUUGUUUUUUUUUUUGUAUUGUAUACUAAUUUUUUUUUUAAUAUUUUAAUAAGAGUUGUAAUAAAGUUUGUCAUUGUUGAUAAUAUACAAAAUCUAAAGAAAUAAUUUGUUACCUAUUUAAUACUUGUCCAAAUAUAUUUUUGAUAAGGUAAUGUAAAUAAAAAAUAA